AUCAUGUCCAACAACCAAACCGUCCGACACGCCAGUCAUGCCGGGUCAUGGUAUUCAAGCUCCAAGUCUCAACUUGACGGACAAUUGGAAGGCUGGCUGUCAGCUGUUAAACCGCCAGUCUCCUGUAUCGGCCCUCAGUCCGCAGGCCAAACCUAUUCCGAACUGCCCGUUCCAGGCGCACGCGUGAUCAUUGCGCCACAUGCUGGUUAUUCGUACUCGGGGCCAGCAGCAGCGUGGGCUUAUCAGGCUUGGGAUGUCUCCAAAGCCAAGAGGAUCUUUCUCCUUGGCCCAUCACACCACUACCAUCUCACAAAGGCCGCACUCUCGCGGUGCACCCACUAUGCAACACCACUCGGCAAUCUCGUCGUUGAUAAGGACACGACAGCGAAGCUACACGCUAGCGGACAGUUCCAAUGGAUGAGCCAAUCCGUGGACGAAGACGAGCACAGCCUGGAAAUGCACCUGCCUUACAUCUACAAAAUGCUCUCCAAGACAUUUGGCGAUGAUCCCACAGAGUUUCCUCCUCUUGUGCCCAUCAUGGUUGGCAAUACUUCGCAGUCAACAGAGCGCUCCCUGGGUCGCAUACUGGCAGAACAUCUCGCAGAUCCAACCAACGCCUUUGUAAUAUCUUCCGACUUUGCUCAUUGGGGCUCUCGGUUCCGUUAUACGUAUUACAAGCCGUCGACAGGCUCAGCUGUUGAUCUCAAGUCCUCGGGACCAGUUCCCACAAGUCCUGCAAUUCAUGAAUCAAUCAAGGCUGUCGAUUUUGAAUGCAUGGAAGCGUGCGAGAGUGGUAGUCACGAGCGGUGGUUGCACGCCCUCGAGGAUACGGGUAAUACUGUCUGUGGCAGACAUCCGAUUGGAGUGAUCAUGGCCGCGGUAGAGGAGGUGAGAAAAUCGGGCGGUAAAGAGGGCAUCGGCGCGUUCAAGUUCGUGCAAUACGAUCGUAGCAGUCUGGUCAUCAGGGUCAGCGAUAGUAGUGUCAGCUACGCCAGCGCUUUUGCUGUGAUCUGAGACGAUGGCAGCAAUUUGGGCUAUGCUCAACAUGAUGAACGACUCCACGUAGAAGGAAUGACCAUAGUGACGAGUACUCAUUGAAACCACAACAGUAUAUGUCAAUUUUAUUACACGUGCUCUUCAUUGCCAGGCUGAACAUGGAUAAGCACAACUCUAGUCCUUGAACUUGCGGUUCUUGUUCUCGCCAAACAGCGUGGCUCUCACAGCAGGCAGACCGUCAGUCUCUAAUAGAUGCAAUCGCUCCUCGAAGGUGUUGUUGAUAUCAAUCUUGCCGGUACUGUUGAGGAUGAUGACACCUCCCGCAGAGUUUUCAGGCACACGUUCCUUAUCAUCCACACUGAUCUCAACGUCAUUCUUCAUACUCUUCUUAAACUCUUCCUUGGCCUUCUCCGCCGCCUUCUUCACCACAUCAUCAUCCUUCUUCCUACACCUCAACGUGACCUUCUUCUCGUUCACCAGCGCAUAGAGCCCCUCCAAAAUCAAAUCCUUGAGCACCUUUUCAUAUUUCCCCUUAUCCUUGGUCGCAUUCUCUCCCAAUUUCUUAUGAGCAUCCUCAAACAACUGAUCCAGCAGCUCCUGUCUGGCACUCAAGAUGCGGAGACGCGUCUUGUUCGCAAGAGUGGACUUGGUGAUUUGCUGGCUCAUGCCUGCUUGUGUGAAUUUCUUUUGGUACUCGCUGUCGAUGCGCGAGGUUUCGGAGCGCACAAGUUUGGACUUUUCGAUGCUGAACUCUUCAUCGGCUUUGAGGUGGAUUUCUCGGGCUUUCUCGAGCGCUUCCUGCCGGAUGAACGCUGUCAUCUUGCGCAGCUCGUUGCUGACUUGGUCGUCGGACAUUGCGUGUAUCUGCGACAUGAUGACUGUGUGGGAGGAAGCAAUUGAGGGUGUGUAGCUCGCUCGGUAGAUGCGCGGUGAAUUGUUGUCGCGGAUUCGGCGGGCAGAGCAGACGAGUCGGGCGUUGUAGGUGUCGCAGUAGGUAG